AAUAUUUGUAUUAGCCAGAGCCGGCUCGCUAAUGGUGGACGCGUGAGCAGAGAAGCGCACGGCGGCGGGAGGCCGGAGCGGGCAUCGCGGCAGCGGCGGCGGCGGCGCCAUGUCCGUGAACAUGGAUGAGCUUAAGCACCAGGUCAUGAUCAACCAAUUCGUGCUGACGGCCGGCUGCGCGGCCGACCAGGCGAAGCAGCUGCUGCAGGCGGCCCACUGGCAGUUCGAGACGGCCCUCAGCGCCUUUUUCCAGGAGACCAACAUCCCCUACAGUCACCAUCACCACCAGAUGAUGUGCACUCCCGCCAACACCCCUGCAACGCCCCCAAACUUCCCCGACGCCCUCACCAUGUUCUCCCGUCUCAAGGCCUCUGAGAGCUUCCACGGUGGUGGCAGCGGCAGCCCAAUGGCCACCUCGGCCACGUCACCCCCACCGCACUUGCCCCACGCCGCCACCAGCAGCUUUGCAGCGCCCAGCUGGCCAAUGGUGGCAUCACCCCCAGGGGGGCCACAGCACCAUCAGCCUCAGCAGCCGCCCCUGUGGACUCCGGCGCCCCCUUCCCCGGCGUCAGACUGGCCACCUCUGGCCCCCCAACAGGCCACCUCAGAACCAAGGGCUCACCCUGCCAUGGAGGCUGAGAGAUAAGGGAGGCCCCUCCCCCCUCCCGGAGUCCUGGACCCCGUGGGGCGGGGGAGAAGACAUCUCCACGGGCCCCCUUUACCUUCCUCUGUCUUCUGCACCCCCUUGCCCUGGAGCCCUGGAGGGGAGAGACUGAACCCCCUGUGCCAGCACACAGGCUGCCUGCGAGUACACAGAAGUGCAGGCUCGUGGCACCCAGCUUGCAUGGAUUUGGUUCAGAGUCAUCUGGGUGCUGGUGGACAGAACUUCAGAGACCAAGCAGCCUUCCCCAGAGGACUCACCCACCUCAGGAGUCUGCGGAGACUUGCCUGGCUCCUGCCUUGGAGCUCCUUGGGGCUGGCAGACCUAGAUCCCCACCCUCGUGAAUGCAGAGCCUUCUCCGCAUGUGUGCGUGUGGCUGUGUCUGUAUUUAUACGUAUGUCACUAUUCAAGAAGCAACCUAGUUUAUGGGGCAGCUGGACUUUGCAUGUUAGAGUGAGCCCCUUGCCCGUCGCCCCCUUCCCCAGGGUCCUCUCCUCUCCCCAACCCCUCAGCAGCCAGCUUUGCCGUUCCUUGCAGAGAAAAGGAUUGUGGGAAACUCCAGGACUCUCCCCACCCAUCCCCCAGCGCCUGCCUGCUGGGACUGCCUGCAUGCCUCCCCCAGAGCCCAGGGGUACCCCAUACCCAUUUCCUACCCCCCUUUUGACAAAGGAGAAGAAAGAGUUCCAAACCACCACCAGGCUCUGUGGUCUUGCCUUGUAUCCUAAGCUUUGCUGCCAGCUGGCCCUGUGUGUGUGGAGGGUGGGGGGAGGGUGCAGACGGAGCCCAGAACAGAGGGCUGUCCUCCAGUCCUGCCUGGCUUCACACUGCUCCUGUGUGUUGCUGUCUUUUCAACCACAACAUGCUGUGGAAUCUUCCUGCCUACCAAAGGCUUUUCCCAUGAAGUUAAUUUCUGGCCUGUGUUCCCAGAAUCCCAGCCUCUGUCUGCCCACCCUUCCCCCUUCCUGGCUAGAGGGAUCCUGACUUCCAGGGCUGAGAACUGCCUUCCGGUUGGUCUGAGUUUCUCAUAAGGACCUUUUUUCCUGUCUCAGGGCCCCAGUAUUUGGCUGCAGGCUGGACCCUCAAGCCCAACCUCCAGCAAAUGUGCUGGGUGGGGCAGGGCCCUCCCCUGGGGAGACAGACCCCAGUGCCUGUAGUCUGCAGGCUUGGAUGCAGAGCCAGUGGGGACUAGUGACAGGGACACACCAGCCUGGGGCAGAGUCCAACCAGUGUUCAAACCAUUGGUCACUAAGGAGACAGGCCACCCAGGGGCAGUAGACAGUGGAUCCAGGCUGCUUCCAAGCUGGGCUGGAGCAGGUACCUAAUUGAGCCCCAAGGGAGAAGCCAGAUGCCUCACUCUGCCCUGGGCUGCCCACACUGGGGAAGAGGGUUCGUGUGGCCGCCUGCAGUUCCCCGCCAGCAGACCUCACUCCCUCAUCAGGAAGAACUCGGUUGGCAUCUCAGCCCUGUGUGGAUUGUGCUUGGGUUGAAGAGUUUCUUCUAUUUUCGAAGGUCUGCCGACAUGGCUCAACACCGCCAGCAGUCAUCUUGCUCCCAGAUACAGGGCUCAGCUUUCUGACAAGGAUGCCUUUGCCCUGCUGGAAUCUGGACAGGCCCUUCAUGAAGCCCACCUGGGAUGAUUGUUUACUCUGGUUGUCACUAAAGACUGACCGCUGGGUCCCCACUUGAGCUGUUGCUUACCCUCCUGAAAGUUUGUCCUCACCUUGAAACCCACUUUCCAACAGCCUCUCGGAGUCCAGAGAGGACAAGGUUCUUCCUGGGGUAUGUUGGGGUGCAGCUUCUCCAUUCUUUUGGAUGGAAGAAAAUCCUCAGGAAACUGGCACAGCCCCACUUCAAGUGGUAGGAAAAUUCUGGGUUUCCAGAUGUGUGAAGUGAGCAUGCUUGGGCUCUCCCAGAGAGCUGAUUACUGGGGUAGCUGUAUGGUUUGGAACCAUAGGAGGCAGUGCACCAUGUAGAAUUUGUAGUCCUGGACACACUGGGGCUUGACCCCAGGCAGGCCUACACAUGAGCCACACCCUCACUGUUCAAAAUGUGGUCCUCAGGCCCCAGUUUGAGAACUAUCUCUGUUAAGUGCUGGUCUGUUGGAGGCGAGGCCCAUUUCUGUUUCUGGGGGCCACAUUGGCUAGGCCUGGAGGUCCCAGAAGGUCACAUUAGUCUGGAAGGGACUUGAAGUUCCUGUAGAUACAGUUUUCCCAACCUGGGCACUGUGGACAUUGGUGCUGGAUCAAUGCCUACCAUGGGAGUAUCCUGUGUGCUGUGGACGUUCGGCCAGCGUCCCAGCCCCUACCGACUCGAUGCCAGUAGCACCGUCAUGUGACAACCAAAAAUGUCUAUAGACAUGGCAAAAUGCCUCUGCCGGCUCUGAAAAAGAAUCUUUUCACACCCCCAAACUCGGGCCCACCAUGUCAGAAUCUCAGGGGAGGCCCCAACAGUAUAGUUUUAAAAACACUCCCAAGAUAUUGCUGAUUGACUUGUCAACAAACUAAAAGCCAUUCGACUGCACACUUCAAAAGGGUGGACUUUGUAGUGUGUUCAUUAUGUAAAAGCUGUUAUUAAAGGUAAAAUAGCUCCCAAGUGCUACCACGAUGGCACAAAUUUACAGAGCAAGAGAGUUCCCUGGGUCCUUGAGGCUACUGUUCUGGAGGAGGGCCCAGCGAUCUGAUUUUUAAUAAGUGCCCCAGGCAAAGUGGGACGCAGAAAAGGAGGAAGCAGAGGGCAGGGCAGGAGCUGCACCUGGGGACUCAUGUACUUUCCAACAGUGCAGAGAGAGACCUGCCAGGUAUGUCUGGGGCUCCCUGUCAGCAUCUCAAAGCAAGGGAGUGGCUGCAGAAGUGAGCCAGACACACUGAAGGGGAGCCAGAGGUGGGCCUGCAUAGCUGCCAUAGGCCCUCAAAAUUCGAGUGUGACACGGAGAACCUGGAACCUUCCUUAACUUCCCCAUGCCUGGAAGCUCAGGAGCAAAGCUGACGGCAUCAAUAAUCGUCCACUACAUAUUCCAGUAUGAACUGGCUAAAAAGCAAAGGUGCUGGUAUAUGAAUGGAACAGAUAUUUACAGCCAGGUUUAGCUGAGUCUCAGAUGGCUCUCGGGAACCUCCUGGGAAAACCAGCCUUAUUACCUCAAAGUCUAGCCUCUUCUGGGCUUGGACAUCUGCAUGAUGACCAGACUUGUGCUCCAGAUGAUUGUUCCAAAGUUCCACUCUAAAAAACACUAUUUGCAUCCAUGAAGUUGCUUAGAAGAAUGUGAUUUGAGUUCUGCGUGUCUCAUUUCUCAAGAGGGGAUGUGACAGCAUGUAGGACCGAAGAUUUGGCCUCCAGUGGUGACAACAGGUAGCUGUGCCCUCUGGUCUGCCAUUAAAAGAUUGGGGCAUGGUUAUCUUAGGAGGUGGCAAACCCACAGUCCCCUAAUGUGUGCUGUUUGGCUUGCAUGGUGGUUUGGUGUAUGUGUGUGUGUGUCUCGUCUGCCAACAUUUUCAAAUUAGGAGAGUUUACAUCAAAAGCCUCACUUCUGGCUUAUCUUGGAAAUUUGUAAUAUUGCCCAAGUUCCCAUAAAAGCCACAACUGGCUGAAGCUGACCAUCUCGGUGGGGACACAGCUUGCCUAUGGCCAGCCAGCCUACUCCACUGGCUGCCAGCCUGUGUGUGUUCAACUCUCAUCUUGGAAUCGGCUGAAGUCUCUGAAAGGGAUCUUGCUUUCCCCAGGGGAAGCUUUUGAAGUAAGUGCCCUGCUCUGUGGGGUGGAGGAGCACCUGAUAGAUGAAUGAUGACUCUAAAAUGCUGUCCGUGGGCAGGCAGGGCUCCUCCUUUAUACAGCUUUAAAGAAAGAAGGGCUCGUUCCCCUGCAGUAUUCUCUGGACAACAGGGAUGCUCCCAGGGCUGCCGAAGGUCCCCAGGGUCUUUCUGGGGUUCUCUGAGAACACAUGUGCCGCUGAAGAAAACCACGCUGUUGCUGAGGCUGGCUCCCAAAGCUGGCGGGCGGGGCCGCUGUGGCACUGGAGGUCUCUGAGGGGCUUUUCAUAGCAGGACUCAUCAGAGGACAGACUGGCUUUGAGUGGUGGCUCCCCUGGUCAGUGUUGGGGAGGCUGCCUGGGUUGGCCAAAAUGAGAUAUUUUGAGGCAAAGCUAUUUCCAGUUCCUGCAUUUGGAAAGGUCUCUGGUUGCUUAGGCACAGCUUAUGACUGGGCAAUACAUGUAUUUCAAAUGAGCCUUAAAAGAACACCACUCUUUUAGGGGUGGGGG